AUCUAAAAUUACCACAAAAAACGCUUCAUUCGAAUCUCAGGCUCUCACACAGUUUUCGGGGCCCGAGAAGAGAAAAUAGAGAAAUGGGUAACAUCAAGAACGAGAGCUCCUUGUUGGAAGAUCUCAUUGACAAGGCCGGUGGUUGUGCUGUCACUGAUGGAGGCUUCGCCACCCAGCUUGAACGACAUGGCGCUUCCAUUAACGACCCUCUCUGGAGCGCUCUCUGUUUGAUCAAAAAUCCUCAUCUCAUCAAGAAGGUUCAUUCGGAAUACUUGGAGGCGGGUGCGGAUAUAUUGGUGACUUCUUCAUACCAGGCCACCCUUCCAGGGUUUGUGUCCAAGGGACUGUCCAUCCAAGAAGGGGAAUUACUUCUAGAGAGAAGCGUCAAAUUGGCUGUUGAGGCUCGUGAUAGUUUCUGGAAUUCCAUUAAGAAAACUUCUGGACAUAACUAUAGAAGGGCUUUGGUUGCAGCCUCCAUUGGAAGUUAUGGAGCUUAUCUUGCUGAUGGAUCAGAAUACAGUGGCUGCUAUGGCCCAUGCGUUACUUUGGAGAAGUUAAAGGAAUUUCACCGCCGUAGAUUGCAAAUUCUUGUCGAAGCUGGUCCAGAUUUGCUUGCUUUUGAAACUAUUCCAAACAAACUUGAAGCUGAGGCUUGUGUUGAACUGCUUGAAGAAGAAAGUAUCCAAAUUCCAGCUUGGAUCUGUUUUACCUCUGUUGAUGGUGAGAAUGCCCCCUCAGGAGAGAGCUUCAAGGAGUGCCUUGAUGUAAUAAACAAGAGUGACAGAGUAAAUGCUGUUGGCAUAAAUUGUGCACCUCCCCAUUUCAUGGAAAACAUCAUCUGCAAAUUUAAGCAGUUGACAAAGAAGGCAAUCAUUGUGUAUCCUAACAGUGGAGAAGUAUGGGAUGGUAGAGCCAAGAAAUGGCUAGUAAGUCAGCCAUCAAAGUGCUUUGACGAUGAUAAUUUCGACUGGCACGCGAGGCGAUGGCGAGAUUUAGGAGCAAAAAUCAUAGGAGGCUGUUGCCGGACAACACCUUCUACCAUUGAAGUCAUCUCAAAAGCUUUAAGAGAAAAGUAGAGCAUACUGGUUUAUUUAUUUGUGCCAAUGAACAGCGAGAUGUUUUGUAGCUUUCAGUGUUCAUCCAUUGAAAGGAAUUUUGUUUCCUUUUCACUUUACACUUGCAUAAAUUUUCUUCAAGAAAUGAAGUGGACAAUUCAGAAUCAGGAAUACAUGAGAAUGAGAUUAAUCCAAGUGGAC